AUGCUUAAAACAUAAUUAAAUGAAUAUAAUUCAUACUUCACUUCGUUGUUUCAUACUAAUGGGCAAACACUGAUUUCAUUCUUCUAACUUUACACAUAUCUCAGAAAUAAAACAUAGACACAUCUUGAUUCUCUAAAUCCUAAGUUUGACAUGAAUUACGGAGGUAUCAAUGCCAAAAUACCUAAAUCAAUUUAAUCAAAAAGAAUUGGUGCUUACAACACCACCAUCUCCUGUCUAUGUUAUACCAACACAACUAAAUUUCAUCAACCUUAUACACACGAAGAACUAAUUAACAUUAAAACUCAGGAAUCGAUGUAAAGUUUCGGCAUGGUUAUUUUCCAGGGUAAAACCACAUUGUAAUCGUUUCUCUAUGGAUAUGUAAAAAGAGAUAACAUUUUAAUGACCUAUCCAUGUUUACAAAGACACGAUAUUGCUAAUUAUAUUCCUGAAAAUAGAACUUGGUAUAUAGAAGCCAAAAGAAAUUUUUAAGCUCACAAAGUUUUUGAUAAAUACAAUUUUUCGAUAACUUAUCCCUAUUUACUAUUUAAGUCAACAAGCGUAGGGUUAUCUAUGGCGAUACCAUUUGUCGAUAGGAAUCUCUCUUUUAUUGGAACUGGUGCCUUUGAUUUGAUUCCAUCCAGCUUAUUAAAAGAAGUCACUUAAUAAUUUGGCAGAGAUUUCACUUCUAUAUUUCUUGCAUCAUUAGAUGGAAUAUUGAUUAUGCACCCUUUCAAUAUCACCUUUGAUAAAAUACCACUUUAUUUCUACAAUCAAUCUAUAACUGGGUUUGGCUUAGAAGAUUGGUAAGGCUUGUCCGAUCCUUUAUUCAAAUCAAAUUGCCAGAAUUAAACAACAACCAUGGAUUUUAAGUGUCUAUAUAACUCAUUUUAUAAUUAAGACAUGUUCGUAAGUUAAUAAAUAUUGCAUGAAUUUAAUAUGUCUGUCAUAGUAUUGGUUAGCAGUUCAGAAUUUAAUAAGUUUUCUGAUGAAUUCAAUUCUAAUUUGAUCUCAAAAUUAUAGAUUACAUUCUCAAAUUCAAUAAUUGAAUAAGCAAGUCUGUUUGUAUUCCUGUGUUUUCUAAUUUACUUUAUGAUUUCAUAUUUGUUCUAUCCAAUAGAAUUAAUCAUAAAUGCAGCCAUGAAUUAAAUUCAAAAGAAAAAGUACCAAAACAAAAAUUUGAAUACAAUAUUAUAAUCCCUAUUAAGCGUCUAGAUUUUAGACCUCUAUAGAUCAUGCUAACAUUUUAAUAAAUUAUUUGAGAGGCUCUCCUUCAAUAAAAAUGAAUAGUGUUAAAAAAUUGAAAAUCUAUAAUAUCCCUAACAGAUAGAAGAAAUUAAAUUGUGUUGUUUUGUAGAUCAUAAGAAAUUUAGAAAGCUAGAUGUAUUAUUUCUUGUUAAAAAAAUAGUUUAAAUUACGAAAUCAGUCAAAUGA